AAAGCUAAACUCAGUCAAGUUACUGGGCCCGUUUCCUUCAGCCAUUGGCAACUUGACCAGCUUGACAAUUUUGAACCUUCGUGACAACAAUCUGUGGAGCACUAUCCCAGACUCCUUCAGCCGCCUCAGAAGCCUUCAUUUGUUCGAUCUCUACUUGAGUGGUGUGACCGGGGCUAUUCCCACUUUCAUUGCGGACUUCACCACCCUGACAUACUUGGGCCUUGCCCGAAGUAACUUUGUGGGCAACCUUCCUGCUUCGCUCGGAAGUCUCAAGGACCUUCGUGUCUUGGAUCUGAAGUUUGCCGAAGUCACAUGCCCGCGUGACUUCACCGAGUGCGUGGUCGAGCAACAUCCCCAAAGUGCUUUCUGCGGCGUAUGCCAAUCCUUCUGCUCCACCUGUGUGACGGCUGCAGCAGCAUCGCCAGGGAGCACUAUAGCGUCCCCAUCACCCCCCAAUGCCUCCCAAAAACCUCCCCCCUCACCUGCAGCGUCCAACCCCCAGCCUAGCAGCUUGUCAGCAGCAGCCAUUGCGGGUAUUGCUGUGGUUUCUGUGCUGCUGCUGCUGCUGGUUGUUGCACUGGUAUGGUGGAGGGGCUACAAAAAAGGUGGAUCAGAAGGAGCAGCAACUGCAGUCAAGGAGAGCAAGGAUGUGCUAUUGAGGGAUAUUGAUG